UGCCUCGGUUGCCACGUAAAAGCGAGUCGCUGGAGCCGCUUCCUUGGGCGACGCUGCAGACUGAGCACAGCCAGUAAUGGGGGGCUCGCAAAGUGUGGAAAUACCCGGCGGAGGCAGCGAGGGAUACCAUGUCCUCCGAGUUCAAGAAAAUUCCCCAGGCCACAGAGCUGGAUUGGAGCCUUUUUUUGAUUUUGUUGUUUCCAUUGGCAAUACUCGAUUGAAUCAAGAUAAUGAUACUCUCAAAGAUCUUUUAAAGACUAAUGUGGAAAAACCAAUUAAAAUGGUUGUCUACAGCAGUAAGACACUCAAAUUGAGAGAAACAACAGUUACUCCAAGCAACAUGUGGGGAGGUCAAGGCUUGCUUGGAGUUAGUAUUCGUUUCUGCAGUUUUGAGGGAGCUAACGAAAACGUCUGGCAUGUAUUGGAAGUUGAGCCAAAUUCUCCAGCUGCACUAGCUGGUCUUCGACCUCAUACAGACUAUAUAAUUGGAGCAGACACAGUCAUGAACGAGUCCGAAGAUCUCUUCUCUCUGAUAGAGACUCAUGAAGGGAAAGCUUUGAAACUAUACGUCUACAACACAGACACAGACAACUGCCGGGAAGUUGUUAUCACACCUAAUACUACCUGGGGUGGCGAAGGCAGCUUAGGGUGUGGGAUUGGAUAUGGCUACUUGCAUCGAAUUCCAACCCGUCCAUUUGCAGAGGGUAAAAAAAUAAGUCUCCCAGGACCGGGUGCUUCAGUCAGUCCAUUAAAAGAUGGCUUCACAGAGGUUCAGCUAUCUGCUGUUUCCUCAGCAACUGCUAUGAGCACCAACUUACAGCAGAGUCUAUCUGGACUAUCACUUGGUACAUCUCCUGUUAACAGUGUUCUUAAUACUGGUGUUCCAACUGUUCCAUUGUUACCUUCAUCUGCAAGUUCAGCCUCCAGCACAGUUCCGACAAGCAUAAAUGUUGAUACUACUCUAACUAGUCUAAUGCCAUUACCAAGUGCACUGCCUAAUAUACCUAACCUACCAAAUGUGGAUCUCACUCUACAAAACCUUGCUCCAGUGACCUUACCAGGAAUAGGUGUGCUACCUCCACUCACUGGUUAUCCAUCAGCCGCUCAGUUGCCACCACUAAAUCUCACUGGAGUGCCCCCUCUGACAAUGCCUACCAUGUAUCCCUCACAAUCACCCAUGACGGGAGGAGUAAAGGCUGGUUUGUCUGAAACAGUUUCGGCCAGCUCUCCAAGAGUAGGUGGGUUUCACGUUCCUGCCUCUGCACCACCUACUGAACAAACCCCUGCCCUCAUUUUAGAUACUACAACUGUUUCCAUGACAACUGCUGGCAUCCAGGCAGCUGCAUCACCAUAUGCAAGUAAUGAGGAACCAUCAUCCGUUUCCACAGAUGUUCAAUCUUCUUCUGUGUCAUCUUAACUGCAAUUUUUUUCAAAAGCAGAAGCUGAUUAAUCUAUUUAUUCAGCUGCAGAAAACUUGUUCUGCAAUUAAAAUAUAAAGUGUAGACUGGCAUGAUUGCAUAUCUGAGCUUUAAACCUUUGUACAUAAUUAUAAGGCUGAGGCAAAUACAUAACCUUUAAUACAAUUGGAUGGUUUACUACAUUGUUUAGCAAUGUGGUACUUUUGAUGUAAAUGGAAAAUAAAUUAUUUUAUCAAGUACGGAUUUAAUUCCCUCUCUUCUCCCUGUCCUCUAGUGGAGCUACUCUGCUGUCCAAUUACUUGUUGCAUCUUUAGCCACCAUCUUGUCUGUAAUUUCCCAGCCUGUACAAUUUUCAGAUCAACAGGUAAAUACUUGCUGUUUCAGUAUGCACCCUGCUGUUUUUAAUGACAAUUAAGAGAAAUAAUGUGGGUGAAAAUAUACAUGCAGUUGAAAUCCAGUAGGCGUCUCCGUGAGCUUAGCAGAAUACAUUUGAAAGAGAUGAUUAAGCAAUAAAUUCCACUGAAAAGCACUGGUAUUUUUCAGAAUAGAAUGAAAAGUCUAUUUUUAAACAAAAAAAUAUCUUGUCAGCUCUAGUGUGCCAAAAUACAAUUUUGCUUUUGUGUUUAUAACGUGAGAUUCCUGUUUCAUUGUCAGAUUCUGAAGAGAAUGAUACAAUAUGAAAGAAAUUGUGUUGACAUUCUUAAAGUACUAAUGGGUUCAGCACUUAGUAUAAAUGUAAUCAUGGAAGCAUUUUGUGCGUAGUUGUGAUGCCAUUUAAAAUGGUGCUGAAUUGCUGAGUUUUAACAAAGGUCAUGUGUUCAAACUUAGAAAGAAUGAGGCAAGAAGGAAGUGUAGGGCUCAUUUGAGAAGCUCAUUGAAAGUCUGCGGAGGGAAGUUACCUGGCUGGUAGUACUGUACAAUAAGGGUAGUUGUUAUAGCCUCAGAUUUUAAGCAGCUUUCCAGCCAGGCUUUUCUGUUUUAUUUCACACUAUUUGUUUUGGCUAAACUGUAAUAAACCUGUGGGUUCAAUGAGAGCUGAGCAUCAUUUUGAUUGGAGGGAAGAGGGGUUAAACUAGUUGCAACACAGGAGGAUAAUGGAACAAAGUUAACUUGUGGAUUGUGGAUCCUCAGUGACCACUUGAGUUAGAGCAGCAACUGAAGUCAGGAACUAAAUCCAAUUAUGUUAAUACUGUGGGAGUGGGGUAAAGUUAUCUUAUUAAUAAUGCUUUUAGAUGAUAGAGAAUAGAUAAUAGAGAAGAGAUGGGAACAAUUUAAGGCUAUUUUAUUAAUAUGAGUAGAACAGUAGGUAAUUUUUCGUAUGGUCGAGCAGAAUGUGGAUAUAAAAGUGAGUUAUGUUAAAUGAAAUAAAAAUUGAGUUACCGAUUUUAAAAACAAUUGUAUUUAUUUAUUUUGUUUCCCUUCCCAAACGAGGCUUAGUGUUUGGUUUUUAAAUUGUUCCAUGUAGCUGGAUUUUUGAUUUCAAUUGUGUUUUUAACAUGAAUUGAAGAGUAAGAACCUCAAGUUAUAAAAUGAAAUAACGGAAGUCUGUGAAAUAAUUUCUGAGUGUAAUAUUUUAUUUAGCGACAUACAGACUCUCCCCAGUUAUGAAUGCCCAAAUUGUGGACACCCACACAUAACAGCUAGCUUAAUAUUAAAUUAAAAUAUCCCACCUUCUCACCUUCAAUUCUGCAAAAACAGAACCAGUUUUCCCCCCUCCAUUUUUUUUUCAUUCAUUACGAUACUGUUGAGGUGGUAUUGACAUAUCAAGUAGUUUUCAGACUUGUGGACAAAAAUCAUCUGAAGGGUACCUAAAAAUGGAAGCCAUUCAUUACCCAGGGAUGCCCUGCAGAGAUUUUUUAAAAAAUUAUUAUUUGUGAUGGAAUGCAGACAGCAACAAGUUUUGGUGUUGGUGUGUACCAUAGAACCUGCUUUAAAAAAAUGCAAAAUUAAGAGCCUACUCAAACUCAAAAAGCCAACCACUGCUCAUUGCUGCACGGAGCGUAAACAUUAAAUCUCUUUCAAGAUGAUUUAAUUCAAGGGAGGAAUCUGUUUCAGUCAGCUGAGGAAAGAAAUGUGAAAAGGGUGUUUGUUACAAAUUUAAGUUUUGAUGUCACAGCUUUUGGAUUUGGUAAAAUCCUUAACAUAACAGAAGUCUUCGCAGUCUGGCAAUUGAAGCCCUUUUGUAGUUAGAUAAUUUCCUGUGCAUCUCAUUCUCAAAAACAAUCAAUAAAUAUCUUAAUUUCUUCAAAUUGCAUUCAAUUAACAUAAAACCUGUUAUAUUGUAUUUAUAAAUGUAUGCUGAGUGACAAAGUUCCAGACUAUCUUGAGCUACAUACCUCUAGUGUUUAUUAACAAAAACUCAAGAUGUUAGGGACGUUAGUUAAAGGGUCAUUUCUACCUUUUAAAUGUGAGUAUGUUGUGUGGUCUAAUCUGGCACUGGAUCAAAGAGUAAAUUCCAUGCUGGGGGAUUACUGUUUCACAGUUCAAAUUCAGUUUAUUGUCAUUCAACAAUACACGUGUAUACCACCAAACAAAACAACGUUCCUCCGGAAGGUGCACAACACAGUAUGUAUAACUCACACACAGCACAGAGUAAUAGUACCACUAGUAAAUUAACAAAUAUUACGAUGCACUUACAACACAAGUUAAAAAGUAAACAGUAUAAUGCUACUGGUGCUUCAUGUGUGAUGAGAUCUGUGUGGUGGCA